AUUUUUAACGCAUAGCCUAAAAUAAUUUAUGUGCUAAAGUAUAAAAAGGACGACACAUUAAUUUUAAAGUGAAAUAACCACAACAUACAUAAUGAAAUCAUUCAUUUUACUUGUGAUUCUAAGCUGCAUUUUGCCAACUGCAUUUGGUCGCAAAGGGUUUUGUUUUUCGGAGGCUACAGGAAGAUUUGAAUACGGCGAAGGUCGAAAUUUGGAAAACUGUCAACUUGCUACAUGCAAUGAUGAUGAUACUAUAGGAAUAAAAACAUGUCCCUUAGUGGUAGCAGGCAAUCAUGCACUUAAGCAAGAUAAUUCUUUAGAUUUUCCAGAAUGUUGCCCAACUGUUGAUAUUUUAAAUUGAUAUUUGAUGUAAUCAUUUAAAAACAAAUAAAAAUUAAUGAAUAAUAA